AUCACUCCGCCCCCUGUGUUGGUGGAGAAUGUCUGGAACAGCAUUUAAAUUCUGGGAGGUCUGAGCUGUCAGCAGCAGGACAGAGUCAGGAGCUCAGCAUCGUCCAGCUUUGCAGUCUCAGGCUGCAGCAUUUGUGGGAGACUCCAGCCAAGAACAAACUACCACCAUGAAGAUCGCAGUGAUUUGUUUUUGUCUUUUUGGCAUUGCCUCCUCUCUCCCGGUUAAACUGAUUGAUUCUGGCAGCUCUGAGGAAAAGCAGCUUCACAGCAAACACCCAGAUGCAGUGGCCACAUGGCUGAAGCCUGACCCCUCUCAGAAACAGAAUCUUCUAGCACCACAGAAUGCAGUGUCCUCUGAAGAAACUGAUGACUUUAAACAAGAGACUCUCCCAAGUAACUCCAACGAAAGUCAUGACCACAUGGAUGAUGAUGAUGAUGACGACAGAGACCACGUGGAUAGCCAGGAUUCUGUUGACUCAGAUGACACUGAUGAUGCUGAUGAUCCUGAUGAUUCUCACCAUUCUGAUGAGUCUCACCACUCUGACGAAUCUGAUGAACUCUUCACUGAUACUCCCACUGAUAUUCCACAAACAGAAGUUUUCACUCCAGUUGUUCCUACAGUAUACACCGUUGAUGCUCGAGGUGAUAGUUUGGCUUAUGGACUACGGUCAAAGUCUAGGAAGAUCCACAUUUCUGAUAUCCAGUAUCCUGAUGCUACACAUGAAGAUCUCACCUCACACAUGGAAAGCAAGGAUUUGGAUGAUUUACUCAAGGCCGUCCCUGUGGCACAGUCUCUGAAUGUGCCCUCUGAUUGGGACAGUCAUGAAUCAAGUCAGCUGGAUGAACCGAGUGUAGAAUCCCACAGCCACGAGCAACCCAGAGAGGGUAAACAGAAGGCCAGUCAUGAGAGCUCUGAGCAUGCUGAUGUGAUUGACAACAGGGAAAAUUCCAAAGCCAGCCAGGAAUCUCACAGCCAUGAGUUUCACAGCCAUGAAGACAAGCUAGUCCUAGAUCCUAAGAGUAAGGAGGAUGAUAAAUAUCUGAAAUUUCGUAUUUCUCAUGAAUUAGAUAGUGCAUCUUCAGAGGUCAAUUAAAAGGAGCCUCUUACUUUGCUUUAGUAAAAAAGAAAAGAGAAAGAAAGAAAGAAAGAAAGAAAGAAAGAAAGAAAGAAAGAAAGAAAGAAAAAGAAAACAGUUAAACAAGAAUGUGAAAUGCUUACUUCUCAGUUUAGCGAGUGGACGUACGUGUGUGGAGAAGGAUAAUGCUUAAUGUUUUUGGUCAUUAGCUUAGUUUGUUGCUUCAUAGAAACACUCCUGUACCCUAAAAGCUUCCACACUUUGUCCUUGCCAUAGAAGAAAUACAAACUGCCGCUGCAUUUUAAUGAUUGUUAUUCUUUUCAAUAAAAAUGUAUGCGAAACAAGCAAGAUGCUUUUACAUAAUUAAAAGAGAAACUAUAACAUUCUCUGUCACUAUAAUCCCUUGUUUUUUAAAUCAGUGUAUAUUUUGUUGUGAUUAUUUUUGUUGAUGUGAAUAAAUCUUAUAUCUUGAAUGUAA